CUCAUAUCUGAGGCAGCAGGAGGAAACGCGCGCGCUCAACAUUUGCGCUCCGGUCCUCGAGCGCGACGCGUCUCUUUCCAACGCGCAGGAAUACGCGCGCGCAUCACUCUGAUCGCUUCAGCUCUGCGCGGAUGCGUCUUUAAACACAGAUUCACCGAGAGCAGGUGGACUCCUGAAGGGCCAUUUGGAUGCUGGACCCCGGAGCCGCGUCCCUCCCAACAGGCUGAGCACGAUGCCCGGCCAUCACUGGAUAUAAAUGACAGAUCCAAGUGUGUGUGUCAACCAGAGGCUGCAUGGGAGAUGAACCCAGCCGCCAAACAUCAGCCUGAUCUGCUGGAGAGACCCGCCAGCCUCCUGGUGCCAACAUGGACAAAAACCGGACUUGCCCUGUUGCAUGACGACCUCACAAGUAACUCCUAUGACGUUCGUCUAAAGUUAACGAAAGAGCUGCUAAUCAUCCAGAAGCAGGAUGUGGUUUGCGUGAGCGGCGGCGACUCCCAUCUAAAUCACAGAACUGUUGUACUUCGAAGACAGGUGACUGGAGGUCUCGGUCUGAGUAUCAAAGGGGGAGCAGAACAUAAAGUGCCUGUGGUCAUCUCAAAGAUUUUCAAAGAUCAAGUAGCCGAUCAGACGGGGAUGCUGUUUAUUGGCGACGCUGUGUUGCAGGUCAAUGGCAUUAACGUGGAGAAGUGUACACACGAAGGAAGUC